UCACCUCUCUACUCCCAGUCCCUGAAGCUUGGCUGCCAGGGGAGCCUGGGUCACCCUAUGAAGGUGUCCCCUCAUUCUGGACCCUACAGGGAGCCACCUGUGCCCAACUAGAGCACAGCCCCCAGCUGAUGCCCCAGAGGGCCCACUCAUCUCACGAGGGGCUCUGGGCUCUGCCCUCCCUACCCAUGGCAUGUGAGCCAGAACCUGAGGUCGACAGGCUGCUGGACCUCAGCUUCCUGACAGAGGAGGAGCAGCAGGCCAUUGCCGACGUCCUGAAGCGAGAUGCCCACCUGCGCCAGCUGGAGGAGGGGCGAGUCAGCAAGCUUCGAGCCUCACUGGCAGACCCUGGGCAGCUGAAAAUCCAGACAGGGGACUGGUUCCAGGAAGCACGCUCCCAACGGCACCACCACGUCCACUUCGGCUCUGACCUGGUCCGUGCCUCCAUCCGCUGGAAGAAGAGCCCCAGGGGUGACCAGGCUCUGGGCAGCGAUGGGGAAGCUGAGGUUUCCGGGAAAGAGAAAGAAGAGGAGCUGGAGCCCCGGCGCCCCCUAAAUGAGGCCCCCCCAGAGAGGCUCAGCGAGGAGGCCGGGGUGCCGGAUUUGCCCUCCCCACCUACCCCCUCCAAGGUUUCCGAUUAUGAAGAGGAGGCUCAAACCCAGGAAGCCCCCUGCCUGCAGGGCGCGCAGGUCGACGCAGAGGAGGCGGAGCCAGAGCCGGCCCCACGGGGACAGCCGGAGCAGCGGCCCCAGCCCGCCCAGACCGAGGCGGCGUCCGAAGCUCUGGAGAACGGGGAGGAGGCCCCAGGGCCCGGCCCCUCACUGGACCGCAUGCUCAGCAGCAGCUCCUCCGUGUCCAGCCUCAACUCCUCCACGCUGAGUGGCAGCCUGGCUAGCCUGUCGGGGGACGCGGACGCAGUGCAGGUGCGUGGCUCGGUGCACUUCGCGCUGCGCUACGAAGCGGGCGCCGCCGAGCUGCGCGUGCAAGUCAUCCAGUGCCAGGGCCUGGCCGCCGCCCGGCGUCGCCGCUCGGACCCCUACGUCAAAAGCUACCUCCUCCCGGAUAAGCAGAGCAAGCGCAAGACUGCGGUGAAGAAACGGAAUCUGAAUCCGAUCUUCAAUGAGACCCUCCGGUACUCUAUCCCGCAGGCCGAGCUCCAGGGCCGGGUGCUCAGCCUGUCUGUGUGGCACCGCGAAAGCUUGGGUCGCAACAUCUUUCUGGGCGAAGUGGAAGUGCCCCUGAACACGUGGGACUGGGACUCUGAGCCCACCUGGCUCCCCCUGCAGCCCCGGGUCCCGCCUUCCCCGGAUGAGCUUCCCAGUCGUGGGCUACUCUCUCUGUCCCUCAAGUAUGUCCCCGCCAGCUCGGAGGGCCCCGGACUGCCCCAGAGCGGGGAGCUGCACUUCUGGGUGAAGGAAUGUCAGGACCUGGUGCCACUUCGCUCUGGCUCCCUGGAUACCUACGUACAAUGCUCAGUGCUGCCCGACGACAGCCGGGCCAGCCGCCAGCGGACUCGGGUAGUGCGCCGCAGCCUCAGCCCCAUGUUCAACCACACCAUGGUUUACGACGGCUUCGGGCCUGAAGACCUCCGCCAGGCCUGUGCUGAGCUCUCCCUCUGGGACCACGGGGCCCUGACGAGCCGCCAACUGGGGGGCACACGCCUCAGCCUGGGCACCGGGAGCAGCUACGGGCUCCCGGUGCCCUGGAUGGACUCCACACCUGAGGAGAAGCGGCUGUGGCAGACCCUUCUGGAGCGGCCCUGCGAGUGGGUGGACGGCCUCCUUCCCCUCAGGCCGAAUCUGGCUCCCAGGACAUAGCUGCCCCUGGACCCCCAUCUCAGGGCCUGCCCUUGGCUCAAGUCAGUAAAGUCUUUCCUAAGGGCAUUGAGGAGCGGAUGUCUGCUGGGAAAGCGGGGGCGGGUGACAGCAGGCUAGAACCAGGGACGGACGGGGAGGGGUUUGGGGCAGAGGACACUUCAGAUUCAGCCCUCAGACUUCACUAAGACAAAGGUAAAAAAAUGUU